AUGCAUGACAAUGAUCCGGAGGUACGUCUACUCCAAUCGCCCACCCCUGAAACAGAACAAAAUUCCAUCAUUGCAGACGUUGGAGCGAGAAAAAACGAAGAAAACUUGUCCAGAACCCAGCAUGAAACGUCAACCCCAAUUGACGACGCACCAGGGUGGAACGAAGAUCUGGCGUCUGUAUCUGAAGCACACGUGAAGGCUGACCGCUCUUCCGUCACGAUUAAUGACCUUCAGCGCAAGACGAUUGAUUAUCUUAAUGGGAAGCACCAACCUGACGAGCAAAUGGAUCACAGAGAGGCGUCCUACCUGAGAGACGAAGUAACUGGUCCCCUCGGUACUGCGAGAGUGGGUGAAUUUGAGGGCGUUGUCGGUGCUGGUGAUCUUGGAACAGAUCAGGAGGGCGCUGACAUAGAGUCCGACGGGCGCACCAUCAAGCGGCACAUCGUCUACGAGGAGAUAACAGAAGUAAAGGCAGACCGCGGGGAAAUUUCUUGA